CGACAAGCCGCAACGAUGAAGCGCGGACGUGUCGAUGUCGGUGUGUCCAAGGAGCAGUACGAGGCAUCUCUCGCUGCACCGGCAGACUCGCAUGACGAAGUUGGACCCUUCCCUCGCGCCCCAACGCAGGUACUUCAGGCACGCAAGAUCGUGUUAGCCACGCCGACCUCUUGCUCUCAGGAAGCAGCCCGACAGCUCGCUGCGCUCAACCGCGCUUUCUUGGCCAACCUAAAGGCGCAAUGGGUGCACAACAAGACUGAUAGCUGGACGCAGAACAUGAAGGAGUAUAUCAGCUACGCGCGCGAGAUCAAUGCCAAGUUCGGCGCCCACGCCGGCCAAAUGCUGACCUUCGGCAGCGGUGACUGUGGCCAGCUCGGCCACGGCGUGGAGAAGGACAAAGACCUCAUGGUCGAGUUCCCGCUUGUUGUUCGCCCUCUGGUCAAGCUUGAGAUUGUCCGUGUGGCCUGUGGCGGUCUCCACUCGGCCGCUAUCACUUCGGCCGGAGAAGUGUUCACAUGGGGAUGCGACGACGAUGGAGCAUUAGGCCGCGUCGGAGACGAGAACAUCCCGACCAAGGUGACCGGCUUCGGUCCGCAGCAGGCCACGGCUGUUCAGGUUGUGGGCGGCGAUUGCCACACGGCCGUCGUGACGCUGGCAGGCAAGGUCUAUACGUGGGGUUGCUACCGUGACAAGGAGGGCAAGCAGUGGUGCGACGCACCUUCGGCUAAGGAUGCGUUCAAGAAGAAGCAGACGGAGCCUUUCUUAAUCAAAGCCCUGGACAACAUCGCUGAUGUCCGCUGUGGCAGCUCGUUCAACCUGGCGCGUACGAACGACGGCCGUGUGUACUCAUGGGGACUGGGAGAAAUGGGCCAGCUCGGACGUACCGUGGAUGACCAAAUGAAGGACUUCAAAGGUGAUUACAAGGUUGACAUGGUGUACAAUGAUCACCUUCAGCCGAAGCCGGUGACGCUCGGCAAUGACCCGCUCCCGGUGGUUAAGGCCAUUGGCUGUGGCUCGUACCACAGUCUGUUCGCUUUGAGCUCGAAUGGAUACCUGUACACGUGUGGUCUAAACAAUUACGGCCAGUUGGGAAUCGGUAACACUGAAAACUGCACUGAGCUUCAACUGGUUGAAGAUUUGAGCUCCAAGAACGUCGCGUAUGUGGACGGAGGCUCUCAUCACUCGGUUGUUCUCACUAUUGACGGCGAUGUAUACACGUUUGGUCGCGCUGACUCGGGUCAGCUCGGUAUGCUCGAAACUUGCAGCACCGGCGAUUUCAAGGACCGUCCACAGAAGGUGACAAUUCCAAAGCCCAAGGACGGUGGCUCACGUCAGGUUUGCAUGAUCUCCUCGGGAUCGAACCACACUCUUGCAUUAACUGAGAGCAACGCAAUCUUCUCUUGGGGAUACGGCGACAUGCUGGCACUAGGCAACGGAGUAGACCGUGACGAAAACAAACCGUACCAAGUGGACUGGUCGAAGGCCACAAAUGGUAAAGACAAGAAAGGCAAGAAGAUGGUGUUUGGCAAGGCAGAGUUUCUUCAGGUCGAAGCUGGUGGCCAACAUAGCGCCGUGUUGGCAAGAUCCACUGACGAGUAGGUCUCAUCUGACAACCCACCGCCUGUUGCUAUGAGCGCGUAGUUGUCUUGAAUAACCUAAGCCAAAAACAUGUUUGAUCUUU